AUGCCUCCAAGACGGGCCACUUGUGAUAACAGCGAGUUCAUGGGAAGAGAAGGUGGGGAGGAGGAGGAGGAGGAGGAGGAGGAGGAGGAGGAGGAGGAGGAGGAGGAGGAGGAGGAGGAGGAGGAGGAGGAGGAGGAGGAGGAGGAGGAGGAGGAGGAAGGGGAGGACCUAGAGGAGGACAUGCGGCAGCUGCAGACACUGCAACCUUAG